UAUCACCCUGACGGGGAUGCUGGGAUGAAUUGAUUAAGUUCCGAAUGUUCCGAGUUCUUAAAGGACAUGCACCAUGAACGCGUUUUAAUGGUCCUCAAUGUCCCCAUUCCGAAUAACUCGCAGAUCACUCAGAGCUUAUAUAUUUCUGGUCAUCUUUGCUUCCACUUUCGUAGUAUUCACCCUAACACCAAGUCAUUCAGUGGUCAGUACUAACCUUCCUACAAAUUUUAGUAUAUACCUCCCUCGAGUGUAUCAAGCACACCGCUCUGCACCUACAGGAUCACCAUGGGAUCUAGACUCUGAUACCCUAUACCCUGAACCACCACCACAACGCCCCUCCCACACUUUCCGCUCAGACGGUCUCCUCGAAGUACAUCCAGGCGGUAGACACCCCAUCCUUGACCUCAUCGAACACGCAGAAAAAGAGUGGGAUGCAAAACUCGCACGCGCUAGUAAAACGCUUCCCGAAGCAGUUCGUGAGUACCACCUCAGAUACUCCAGAGCACCUCCACCUGGCUUCGAUAGAUGGUGGGCAUACGUCCAAAAGCACAACGUCCAGCUCCCAGACGAGUACGACCAGAUCAACCUCGACCUCGCUCCUUUCUGGGGUAUAAACCCUGCACGGCUCCAAGAAAUCCAGCUCGCUCACGAAGGUCACCAGCACAGCUACACCAUCGCUAAAUCAACAACCUCAGGUCCUGUCCACAUCGGAAACGAGUCACUCCCCGCAGACGAAGACGCUCGCAAAAACUUAUUAGUAGCCGCCAAUCAGCUCCUAGACUUGCUGAAGGGCGUGCAAGACGAGUUGCCGUUGUUUAGAGCUGUGUUCAGCCCCCAUGACAACCCAAAUGUCUUUCUCACCCAUGACAUGAGGAGAAAGGUUGUCGAGGCUGGGGAAAAGGGGAAAUCACUCGACUUCCAAACACAAGACCCACCCCCGUACAUCCGUGGCUGGAUGCACGCCUGCCCCUUGAACAGCGUCGCACGCAAUCCACCCCCCUCCCCACCCCCACAUACCCCAAAACCCAGAACAUUCAUCCACGACCACCUCCUCGCCAUGGACCCCUGCGCUCACCCUUCCCAUCUCGCCCAGCACGGCCAGUUCCUGAGCCACGGCCCCGGCCCCGUCGCGUACCCCUUCCCAAUCCCACAGUUCAGCUAUUGCAGUAGCCCAUUGCAUUCUGAUAUCAGGGUCCCGAUCAUGUUGAGUUGGGUGGAUGACGUCGAGGGUGUAGAAGAAGGGGACCUGGAAGAAGCGUGGAUGCAGAAGGAUGAGGAGAGGUUACUUUGGAGGGGGUUGAAUACGGGGAUUCAUCAUGGGAAGGAGAAGCCUUGGAAGGAUUCGCAGAGGGGACGCUUGAUGGAUCUUGUUUCUUCUUCUCCUUCCUCUGGCCUUGAGAAACGUACCACCGCCCACCCAAAAACCAUAGACGCUCUCGUCACCGAUCCGUCGUCCCCCGACGGUGUCGUAACGCAGACCUUUAAGAAAUCAAUCGUGAACCCUGCGAUGAUGGAUGUAGCGUUCGCUGGCAAACCGGGUCAGUGUGAGGAGGAGGUGUGUAAGGAGGUGGAGGAAAGGUGGGAGUGGCGGCGGAGGAUGGGCUUUAAGGAGGCUGUGAAGUACAAGUAUGUCCUUGAUGUGGAUGGGAACGGCUGGUCGAGUCGGUUCAAGAGACUCAUGACGAGUAAUUCGGUUGUGUUCAAGUCUACGGUAUAUCCUGAAUGGUGCGUUUCCUUUUCUUCUCGUGUUUUAAUUUUCCUCAACGAUUUCCUUUCCUCCUUCUACCCAACAAAAUCCCUCAUCCAAUCCAAAAUCAACAAUCCCAACCUAAAAAGGUUCACCCACCGUAUCGCUCCCUGGGUGCACUACGUCCCCAUUCAAGUCGACUACUCGGACCUGUACGACUCGCUCCUCUUCUUCCGCGGGGACCCGAGCGGGCAUGGUGCACAUGAAGACCUUGCAAAGAAGAUUGCGAGGAGAGGGAGGGAGUGGAGUUUGAGUUUUUGGAGGAGGGAGGAUAUGGUGGCUUAUUUAUAUAGAUUAUUUCUCGAGUACGCAAGAGUCAUGGACUCGGAUCGGGAUUCACUUAAUUUCGAGUUGGAGUCAUAGGGUUCAGAUUCGAGUCGAGACUUCUAGAACAGCAUCUCUGCGUGUCUCAGAUAGUAGACACAGCACACACGUUUAUACCUCGCACACCACGC